CGCCGCGCCAUGGCCGGCCGGGCGAAGCUCCUGUACAUUGUGGUCGUCGACGACAAUGGCUCCUCCUUCCGCUACACCCGAUCCCUCCUCCACAGCACCCUCCAGCUCAUGGGAUGCAAGCCGAGGCACGCCUUCGAGAUUAGCCGGAGGGUGUUCGAUGUGAUCCGAGGCGACCCUGCGGAGAUGAACAUGCUGAUGGCCAUGUCCGGCGGCGGCGGCGGCGGCGGCGUGCAGCGGUACGAGCUCCCGGACGCCGCCACCAGCCCGCGCCAGUUCCAGUUCGAGCUCUACAAGCGCCGCACCACCGUCCUCGUCCCCAGGGACCUCUUCAUCCAGCUCGUCUGCCAGGCCCUCUCCCUGUACAAGUACCUAUCGCCCAACCAGAGGAACGAUCUCAUGCUCGCCUGCAGGAUUAAAGAAAGAAAGGAGUCUGUCACGGUUCUCCUCUGCGGCACUAGUGGUUGUGGCAAGUCCACUCUUUCUACUUUGCUGGGGAGCAGAUUAGGGAUCACGACUGUAGUUUCCACAGACUCCAUACGUCACAUGAUGCGGAGCUUUGUUGACGAGAAAGAAAACCCCCUUCUUUGGGCAUCAACUUACCAUGCAGGUGAAUGCCUUGACCCAAUAGCAGUUUCUGAAGCAAAAGCCAGGCGGAAAGCGAAAAAACGCUCAGGCGUGUCAAGCAGCCCGGGUAUGGAUUACGAGAGGAGUGGGGUUCAAAGUGACAAGUUUGACGGAAAACCAAUUGGGAGGAAACAAAUGGCUAUUGAAGGUUAUAAAGCACAAAGUGAGAUGGUGAUUGAUAGUUUGGAUCGGCUAAUUACUGCCUGGGAAGAUCGGAAAGAAUCAGUUGUCGUUGAGGGUGUUCACCUGAGCCUUAAUUUUGUGAUGGGGUUAAUGAAGAAACAUCCAUCAAUAAUUCCUUUCAUGAUCUACAUAUCCAGUGAGGGCAAACACACGGAGAGGUUUGCUGUACGUGCAAAAUACAUGACACUUGACCCAACAAAAAAUAAGUAUGUCAAAUACAUCAACAAUAUUAGAACCAUCCAAGAGUACCUCUGCAGUCGGGCUGACAAGUACUUAGUUCCCAAGGUAAACAACACUAAUGUUGACCGGAGUGUGGCUUCUAUCCAUGCCACCGUCUUUAGCUCCCUCCGCAGGCGAGCUGCUGGAGAUCAGUUGUAUGACCCUGGUACAAAUACUGUAGCUGCUGUAAAUGACGAGUACAAAAACCAAUGUGUUGCUAACUCGAUGAGUUCCAAGGGGAUGUUCAAAUUAAUCCAACGCCUAGGGUCCUCAAGAAAGCUCAUGGCCAUAAUCAAUGUGGAUGGGUCUGUUUCAAAGGCUUGGCCUGUUGAGUCCAGUGGUGGAGACGGAAAAAGCAGUGCGGAAGAUGGCAACCAGAAAUCUCUAGGAAAUCCAAUAUAUGGACCUCUGAAUAUCGGAAGAGCAGAGUCGGUCAAUCUCCAGUUUGGCUCCUUUGGUAUAAGUGCCUGGCCUACAGACACUGGCUGUACGAGUCAAGCUGGAAAUGUCGACGACUCAUGGAUCGAUGGUAAUGAAGGCAGUAGCAGCCAUGUUGCGUCUUCGUCUGGUUCCCCUAAGAAGUUGGAUGGACACUGUAAAGAGAUUAAAGAGUCAUCAGCUGCAUCAGGCAGUGAUGACGACGACGAAGACGAAGCUGAAGUUCCACCUAACUCAGGGAGUGAUGAGGACCUAAGUGAAGAAGAUAACGAGGAAAACCAUGAUGAGAUGGAAGGGUCUGUCGAUGAGGAUUGCAACAGGUCUGAUGAGGAAUAUGAUGACCUGGCGAUGCGGGACAGCAUGGAGAUCGGUUACUUGAGCGAUGAUGGCAUGGUGCGCACCUGCUUAAGCAAUAGGUUUCCAGAUGGCAACCAACACCAAAGCCACCGCCGCACACCAAGGAAGCAGCUGGAGACCCUGCGAAGCCUGUCGAAGAUUAACAUUUCCGUUCCUGACACAGCACGCUCUUCUUCCUCUGUCGUCGUCCCUCCAGGCACAGCCGGCAGGAGGAACACGACAGCCAGAAGGGUGAGGCGGACCCUGAGCGACUCAUUCCACUCGCGGCCGAGGAGCUGCCCGUCUCUUGCCGAACCAGUGACAAAGCCGGAGGGCUCGGCUGUUCCAGUGGCUCCUGAUAGGUAGGUAGGUGUAUAUAUGUGUUCAUCUGUUGAUGUAAUAAUGAAUAACCAGGAAAGGGCAGGGAAGGGGUGCUACUUGGAUGUGGGUGUUUGCUGGCGAGCUGAAUAAUGGAACGUCUUUGGUUUGUGCAGUUUCUAACUGACCAUCUUUUUUCUUUUUUCUUUUCUUUUGGGGUCUGGAAUUGAGAGAGUUCUUUUCGUGUGUUUACUUCUGGAUCCUGCAAUACCAAUAUAUAAUGCUGGAUAAGAUAUA